CCGCCUCCGGCAGCCCGGCCUAGGCUCCGGGCCCCACGCCGCGGGGAGGAUGGCUCUGAAGCGGAUCCAGAAGGAAUUGAGUGACUUGCAGAGGGAUCCUCCUGCCCAGUGUUCAGCAGGACCUGUGGGUGAUGACUCAUAAGAGAUAAGGGGAGAGAUUUCACACUGGAUUGGUACAUCCUUCAAGCAGGGAAUUGCUGGGAGGCGAGAGCCGGUUUCAUCUAUGAAGUAGUCCCUGCAUUGAGGACCCAGCAGUGAUGAAGAGACAGCAGAGCAUGCCUGGCAGUGUGUUCCACUGGCAGGCCACCAUCAUGGGCCCGAGUGACAGUCCAUACCAAGGAGGUGUUUUUUUCCUGACCAUCCACUUUCCUACAGAUUAUCCUUUCAAACCCCCAAAGGUUGCUUUCACUACCAAAAUCUACCAUCCCAAUAUCAACAGCAAUGGCAGCAUCUGCCUGGACAUCCUGCGGUCACAGUGGUCUCCAGCACUGACUGUGUCCAAAGUUCUUUUGUCCAUCUGCUCUCUGCUGUGUGACCCCAACCCUGAUGACCCACUGGUGCCAGAAAUAGCUCACACCUACAAGGCUGACAGAGAGAAGUACGCGUCCUCUUUGGGGUGCCUUUGUGCCCAGCUGCCCAGGUUCCCACGGACAUCUUCCCGCCCAAGCCCAGCCCAUGUACAACAGGCUAGCAAGAGAAUGGACGCAGAAAUAUGCUAUGUGAGUGCCUCCAAGAUUCCACGGGAGAUAUUUCCCAAGUGCUCACCAGGCAGAGGUCCUCCUGUGGUGUUCUGAGCUGUUGAUUGAGCCUGCAGAGAAUCCUCUGUUCUUCACAUGCUGUUGGCCACACACUUCCUCUGGUCACAGCCUGUUGGUGCCACUUGGCCAUGGUGGCUUUGACAACACCACAUCUUUGAUGCCAAAACAACAGCCAUUGUUACGAUCUUCAGCCUUCCUAGUAUGCUGGAACUGGUCUGUUUACCCCAGCUCAUUGUUAGGAUCUUCAUCCUUCCUGGUACGCUGGAGCUGGUCUGUCUACCCCAGCUCGCCUGCUUAUUUCUGUGGGACCAGGCCCUGCACGUCUUGUUCCCUUGUCCUCAAAGAAUGCCACACUCACUGUGGCACCAUACAGGGUCCCAUCCUGGCCCAUUACCAUGUGCCCUUUGCCUUUUGAACUCAGUGCCAUCUUGGGGGCCCAUUGCAUAGCAGGCUUGCCUUUUACCCUGUCUGCUACAGAACCAUGUCCUAAGGAGUCUUGAGUGCAUUCUGGAGGCUUCUGGGAAUUGGAACAGUAUCACUGGAAAGUGCUUCUGCUGUCUCCUGCCGUCUUCCUCUGCACUGGUAAAUGCUGCCUUUUUCUCCUCACACCAAACAGCAGCAAAUGGAGAAUUUCAGGAUAUCAAGCAUAUAGCACCCCAUGAGAGAUGACUUUUAGAAGCAAGAGCAAAUUAAGAAACAUGGAGAGACUUGUGUUACGCUUUUCUGUGUGAUGAGAUUCUCCAUCCAUAUCCCCACUUCUUCCCACAGGGCACCUACGUGAAGUUCAAGUAUAAGCCAUUCAACAGACUGGAACAUAAUGGGGGGGUAGAUGCCUAAAUGUAAAUAAAAAGGAAAUUACUCAUC